AAAGACACCCAAAACAAGAUGAGUUCCUCUGACUCUUCUUCCGCGGAAUCCCGUCUAGCCACGGCUAAGACUGUUCUCACCACCGCGGCUUCGGUGGCUGCAACCGCAAUGCUUGCUCGAUCUUUACUCCAAGAUUAUUUGCCUGACGAGGUGCACGACUAUAUUUCCUAUGGAUUCCGUUCCAUCUUUGGUUACUUCUCCUCCCAAAUGACAAUAAUCAUCGAAGAAUUUGAAGGUUUUGCUCACAAUGAAGUCUUUGAAGCUGCAGAGGCCUAUCUAGCCACCAAGAUCUCUCCUUCUAACAAAAGAAUCAAAGUGAGUAAACACGAGAAAGAAAACAACUACAAUGUCAGUGUGGAGCGUAACGAAGAAGUUGUGGACACCUACAAUGGCGUCAAAUUCCAGUGGAUCCUCUAUUGUCGUCAUGUCGAGUCGUCCAAGCACUUCCACAACCCACGGGAUCUAAACUCCACACUGAAAUCUGAGGUCCGAUCAUUCGAGCUCAGCUUCCACAAGAAAUUCAAAGACAUAGCUCUUGAAUCUUACUUACCAUUCAUGGUGAAAAGAGCCAGGUUGGUGAAGCAAGAGAAGAAAACACUCAAGAUCUUUACUCUCGACACAGAAAACAUGUAUGGGAACUACUCCGACGCGUGGACCUCUGUUACUCUUGACCAUCCUUCUACCUUCAAAACGCUAGCAAUGGAUUCAGAUGUCAAGAUAAGUGUGAUGGAAGAUCUAAACAAAUUCGUAAAGCGAAGAGACUUCUAUAAAAGGGUUGGUAAAGCUUGGAAGAGAGGUUACUUGUUGUACGGUCCACCAGGCACAGGGAAGUCAAGCUUGAUCGCAGCCAUGGCCAAUCAUCUCAACUUUGAUAUUUACGACCUAGAGUUGACCGCGGUUAACAACAACUCUGAGCUCCGGCGAUUAUUGAUUGCAACUGCUAAUCGUUCGAUUCUUAUUGUAGAAGAUAUCGAUUGUUCACUAGAAUUGAAAGAUAGGACUAGUGAUGAACCUCCUAGGGAAUCUGACGAUGUAGAAGAUCCGCGGUAUAAAAAAGUGACACUCUCUGGACUGUUGAAUUUCAUAGAUGGUCUAUGGUCAAGCUGCGGUGACGAAAGGAUCAUAAUAUUCACAACAAAUUACAAAGAGAAACUCGACGCGGCCUUGUUGAGACCAGGACGUAUGGAUAUGCACAUUCACAUGUCGUAUUGCACACCAAGUACUUUCAAAGCUCUUACUUCAAACUAUCUAGAGAUCAAAGAGCACCGCCUUUUCAGCAAGAUCGAGGAAGGUAUUGAGGCCACAGAGGUUAGUCCAGCAGAAGUGGCUGAACAACUUAUGAGGAAUGACUCUGUUGAUAAGGUUCUUGAGGGUUUGAUUGAGUUCUUGAAAGUCAAGAAGAUCGAAAACGAACAAGAUAAGGCCAAAAAGGAGAAGGAAGAGUUGGAGAACAAGGAAAAGACCAACAAGGGAAAAGAUUCGGGAGUCAAGAAAAGUACCGAAGAGGUUGAGGAACAGUUAGUGAGGAAUGACCGUGUUGAUAAGAUUCUUGAGGGUUUGGUCGAGUUGUUAAAAGUCAAGAAGAUCGACAACGACCAAGAUAAAAGCCAAACAUGAGGAGGAUUGAUACGCACUUCCGCAAUCAGCUUUCAUCAAUUAGAGCACUUGGAGAUCGGGCGGUAUGAGACAUGCCUA